CAACAACUCAUAACACAUAGCAUGAAAAAAAACAAGUGAUAUCACAUCAAAGUGAGUGUAUACACUAACACCUCGAUUUUGUAGAUCUAAAAAAGCUUUAUCAUUACACCCUCAAAUCUAGCAUACCCAAACCAUUACCACCAACCAUGCCUUUUUCCUUUUUUAGGGUUUCGAUCCUCUCUUUCACUCUCACAACACACCACUCUCAAUUCCCACUCUCCUAAAGCACCGUUCUUUACCACCACCACACUUUCUCAUUCCUCUUUUCUGGGAUUGUGUUUAUCAAUUAGGACAUUUUUUCACAAUGAUUUCGACUGGGAUUAACUUGGUAAUGACUGUGAUUGGUUUUGCUGUUAGCACAAUGUUCAUUGUUUUUGUUUGCACUAGGCUCAUUUGUGCUAGGAUUCACUUGAAUGCUUCUAGGAGAUCCUUUCUCAUUGCUUCUAGAUCCAAUCUCAGUUUGAUGGAGAGGGGUUGUCAAGGUCUUGAAAGCAUAGAUGUAGCUAAAUUUCCAGUUAAGAAGUACAGUGACAAGUUUUUUGCAGCUGGGGAAAAUUCUCAAUGCACAGUCUGUCUCUCAGAGUACCAAGGUGAAGAUACACUGCGUAUCCUUCCCCAUUGUGGACACUCCUUCCAUAUGGCCUGCAUAGACUUAUGGCUGCAGCAGAACGCAACUUGUCCUGUUUGUCGAAUAUCACUGCGUGAAUUUUCCGAGAGAACGCAAUCAUUGCAACCUGUAUAUAACUCUCAUUAUGGGAUGGAGUCAUUUGACACUCAUCAUCAUCAUUGUAGAAUGGCUAAUAAUGGAUUGUCGACAAGAACCCAUGAUAACCACGGAGUGAACCCUAUUCAAGAGGAUCACUUUCCAUCUGAGGGUGAUAGAGCAGUUGAUGUAGAGAGUAUCACCUCCUUAAGUCAGGGUGAUUUCAUUAAAGAUGAAGAGAAGAAACAUGUAGAGAGCCCAUCAAAUUUAUAGAUUUGGUUGGUUCCUUUCAAAUUACUAAUCGAGUAAAGUUCAUGUUCCAAAAUUGGAGUGAAAUGUAUUAGCAUGUUGAAAGAUGGUUAUUUUCUUUUAUUUGAUUGUAUAUAUAGCAAUGAAAUUUUGCCCCUCUAUGGGGCCUCC